AUGGCGUUAGCAGAGCGAAGCGCCAACAGCGGCCAGUUCGCGACCGCGAGCUCCCUGGACGCCACUGCAACGAAGAUCUUGCACUCCCGUCGCCGCGCCAACGAGUCGACGCAGCUCUACGACCCCAACGGGAACAACCGUCACAAACACCUCCUGUCUGGAGACGCACGGGACCUGAAGGACUUGCUCCUUGCUUCGUCGUCAUACAAGCAACACUUACGCUUCAGCUUCUCCAAGCUGCGGCACGUUGUGGUUCCGCCCGUACAGAUCCCGGCCGAGCUGGCCACGCCCCGAGCUAUCAGCAACACCGUCGCAGGCGUCAGGAUUCCCAUGACCAAAGCCAUGUGGACGUGGCGCCGUGCGCGCUUGAUGCGGCGGCUACCACAACGGGUAGACGAGGAAGUCGCGUGGUAG